GGAGUCCGACCUCAUUGGAACAACGACGAGAUCCGGACGCCCGUCUUGAUCAUUUUGUCUAUGCAAUGUUCCGAGACGGCAUUACACACACCAAAAGCACUACUGCGGCACCUGCCUCGGGGGCGUACAUCUUGCGUAGCUGGUAUGAUCAGAUGACUAUGAUGGUGGUUGGCUUUGCAUCGGUAUGGGCCGUGUUUGGGAUAUGACUACAGGUUGUUGUGGACAUGACUGUGGGGCAUGGGGCAGGGCGUUGCAUGGAUGUUAUGUCAUGCGCCCAUCACGACUAUAGGAUACUACUGUCAUAGUCUGAGAGGACACGGACACGGAAUACCGCAAGGAUGAAACGGGUAACUACUUGUCAUACUUGUGAUUUGCAGCGCUGCUACCAUGAGCAGAUUACUUCGGCUUGGACUAGACUAGUUACUUACCUAGAACCUAGAGCACCUGCUACAGCCACCUGGAACUUCAGUAACAAGAAUGGACGUUCAGAUUUCUACAU